CAUUUAUCACCCAACAGGUGUUGACAGAUCGAGCCUAGAUACAGCUCAGAACAAUAUUUUCCAGUGUUCUGAUCUCCAAAGCUGACUGGGUGGGACCGAGUGUAUUUGUUGAAGAGGCUGAAUGCCUCAGUUGAGGGUCCUCUGCACGCAGAGGUCUCGCCCGUCCACCGAAUUCGGCUGCAUGGAUCACGAGUCGGUGUCAGUCGUGUCCGUCGUCGAGGUCUACGAACUCGCCGCCGAGGUCGGCAAGGAAUUCGAGCGGAUCAUGGACCAGUACGGACACGACUGCCUCGGCGGACUCAUGCCCAAAGUGAUAACCAUCCUGGAGCACCUCGAGGCCCAGGCCGUGAAACACGAGCAGGAGUCCUCAGCAAUCGACGACUUGCAGGCCAAGAUCAAGAAGUUGGAGCGGGAGAGGGUGGAAAAGGCAGAGUAUCGGGCUCGGUUUGAAAAGGAAUUGGAAACAACAGAGGAGACAUGGGCCCAAGAGAGCAGGGAACUUGGGGCACUGGUCUGCAAACUGCAACAAGAGAAUGCCCGUCUCUCUGCUGCUCUUUCCAAGUUCGAUCGAUCCCCACAAUCACCCCCUCCAUUGCCUGGCAUGGACUCAAUACUGGUGGAGGAGCUCCAGCAUCGAGUGAAGGAAGAGCGGGACAGGGCCCAUCAACAGGAGCUGCUGAUACAGGAUCUCCAGCUCAGGAUUGAAGGGCUGCAGUCCCAGGUAGAGAGUGCACAGAAUGGAGCAAGGGAGCUCCGGCGGCGCCUCCGAGCAGCCAAGGACCAGAGUGUCCACCUCGUCGAGGAGCGCACUGACUACCAGGUCCAGGUCGGGAACCUUACCAAGGAGAUCUAUGUCCUCAAGCAGCAACUGGGGCUAGCUGAAAAGGAGAAUCGUGACCUUGCUCGCAGUCAGGAGGAGGAGAAGGAUUGCGAGAAUGACCCACGAAAGCCUCGCUUCUCUACAGAAGAACUGAAGGAGAUAUUGCAAGAAAGGAAUGACUUGAAGGCUCGUGUCUCAGAACUAGAAGACCAAUUGAGAUAUUACCAAUCUCAGAACAGGGAAGUGGUGGAAGAAACUAGCAAGGAGAGUGAGGGAGAGAGGAAGGAGGAAUUGGCUGAGAAUGGUGAGGCCCCAGUCCAAGGACCAAUGCCACCAGAGCCUGCAGAUGCCCCCUGGAAGAAGCAGGAUUCUGGGAUCCGCAAAUUGUGCGUCCUCUUUAAGUGGCUCCUUCGGAUUGUGCUUGGCCCAGUCUUAAGCUGGGCCAAUCGUGCAUGA